CGUCGUCCAACUUCCGCUUUAUUAGCAACAUCUCGAAACUUGCACCAUGUCUGUGAGCUUACUGUACCUGAAGCCCAACGACCAGUUCACUCGCAACAUCGAGAAUCAAUUCUACUCAUCGUGGCAGCAUCCUAAUACUAGGACCCCGAAGAUCAAGCACAUUUUUUACCUUCUUCACCAGAGUCCGCAUUCUCGUGGACAUCUUCAACGCAACCGAGCUUACAUGCAACGGCAUGGUAAUGAACAGAUGCUUUUCCACGGCACCCUUCGUACAUGCCAGAUUGGGGACACGCCUGGGAGCUUGUAUCCUUGUAACCGUUCUGACUGCAAACUCUGCGCCAUCUUGCGCUGUUCCUUCGACCCGAAUAAAUCUCACGAUGGAAUGUUUGGCCACGGCGUGUACACCACUCCCGUUUCCUCGAAAGCAGAGAUAUAUGCCAAGAGCCCCAACUCGCACUACAAAGCGAUGUUAUAUGCGAACGUCACUAUCGGCCGGACAAAGACGUUAUAUCAAGCAGCACAUGGCCUAUGGCAAGCUCCGGACGGCUGUGAUUCUGUGACUGCGGCGACAUUCUCGCAGGGUGGUGCCGUACACUAUCCUGAGAUGAUAGUAUACCGUGAAGACGCCAUCUGUGUCAACUCUCUGAUUAUAUACGAACCUUGAUUCUGGUCCGAACGAGCUGGAGGGUCAAACUCGUCGUCGCUUGAGGCCGCUAUGGUGUUUGAUUUUUGUACUCGUACUGCCUCGUAUAUGUACAGCAGUAAUUGUGGUUCUCGUAUCGAUAAAUAUGAUCGUGGGAGGCAGAAUCAUAUAAUCACUUGUCAGAUCAAA